UAGGUUUGUUUCCGGAAGUGCUGUUGUUUUGUGGAUGCUUUUUGUGUUGACUCUGUAGCUAGUUAGCUAACUACCAUAACCUUGUUCUCUCAAUACCUCUGGCAUUUAUAUCCAUUCGAAUAGCUUCAUAUACAGUAAAUGCUACAACUUAAAUCUCGAAAUGAUAAAACAUGUUAUUAGGACCGUCAUGGAGAGAGACAACUUCCAACAGUAACUAGCUUUGCUAGCCUGCUAACGUAAGCUAGAUAGAUUCCUAGCCUUUUGCUAGACUGGAUCGUAACACUGACUCACCUGAACAAAAGUAGCUAAACGUUACCAACUGUUAACUGUAGCUAGCUACUCAUAGACCGUUUUCCAUGAUGUCUGAAGCCAUCGUAACCUUCCAGUCUCAGCUCUCCGGAGUCAUGGAGACGGUAUUCAAGGCUGCCAUGUACGAGAUCACCAGGCUGGUGGAGGAUAGCUUCCUCAAGGAGGUGUCCCGGAGCCGGGAGCAGGUCGAGUCACUGAAGAAGCGGCUGCAGUGGUCGGAGAACAGACGCAGGGAUAGGGACAGAGAGGUAGGCCGUACGGGGAAGUGUGCGGACUGUGGGAGAGCUGACGAAGAAGCCGAGGAGAGAAGCUCUGGAACCUCACAGACAGGUGUGGAGAGGGGGCGUGGCCUGAAGCAGGAGAAGGUACCAGGGGAGGAGUGGAGCAGCUGUGGGGGCGUGGCCGGGGAGACAGCCUUCAAUGAUCUGGAGGAGGCUGAGGCCACCAGGAGAACCUCUGAGUCCACAGAGGUCGCAGGUCAGAAGCUGGACAGCCUGCUGAAAGAGGAGGCUCUCCACAACACUGAGCUACAGGAGAGAUGGGAGUUCUGCCUGGACGAGGCCGAUGGUUCAGACGUCUCGGGGCCCAGUAAGAGUUUUAUUCAGCCGGAUCUACAGCGGUGCCAGGAUGACUGGGGGUCCGGUCUAGACCAGGGGCCUGAACCACUGGGCCCCGAGGGAGAGCCAGAGGACCCCACCGACCCUCUCUACCGCCCUCGUUACAGCAUGGAGGACCUUGGGGGCGCCUUUGAGAAGUCUGGUUACAGCGGUGAUGGUGGUAGCGACCAUCUUCUAGACAUGGAAGGGCUGGAUAGGCUUCCUGGUUCUCCGUCUCGUCUGGGGGCGCUGAGCUACGGAGCUGCGGGUCACUACCAGGUGAACCUGGGGGGGUCUGAGGGGGGAGACCAUCACCAUCGCUCCAACAUGCCUCGCCCCCAUCAGAGCCAGAGGGAGCAGGUGGGGUCGCCAACGCCAUCCCCCCACCCGGAGGUGGGAGACCGGAACUGCCUGUUGAUUAACGAGGAGGGGUACCUACAGGACUCCAGUGUCUUGUACCCAGAACACGGUGUCCCAGAGUCAGGUAGCAGAGCUGGCCACAGGGGACUAACCUCCAUCCACUCUGGAAGCUCAGCCCACAACAACAACACAGAGAGCCUGUAUGAUGCCGCUGACGACUUUGGACACUCUCUAAACCUACGAGAUCGUUCACAAGAGCAGGUAACAGGAGGAGCGGGGAGGCGUCAUGCCUGCAAUCAAUGUACCAUGACCUUCCCAGACUUUGGUUCCCUCAAGGCCCACAAGCAGACACACAAAAUUGUUAGAGAGUCAGGAUCUGGGCCUCCAUACUCCUGCACCCAGUGCGGUAAGACCUUCACCCAGGCCUGCAACCUCAAGGUCCACCAGCGGGUCCACCAGGCAGAGGGACUCCACCUCUGCAGCCACUGCGGCAAGGGCUUCACCUCCUUCUCCGACCUGAAGAGGCACAAGUGCAGCCAGACGACAGACAAGCCCUACUGCUGCUCUAUCUGUGGGAACAAAUUCAGCCGGCUCUGGAACCUCAAGCUGCAUCAGCGCAUUCACACACAGGAGAAACCCCACCGCUGCACUAUGUGUGACAAGAGCUUCACACGAGCAGACAUUUUGAAAGUGCACCUGCGCAUCCACACUGGGGAGAGACCUUACUGCUGCGCUGUGUGUGGACUCCGCUUCAAACGACUGGACCAUCUGAAGUUGCACCAGCGCAAACACAGGCCAGAUCUCCUGAACUGAAGAGAAAAAAAAUGUUACGUUUUUGUUCUUUAGCAUAUGCUUUUAUCCAAAGCGACUUACUUUUAGUGCAUUCAUCUUAGGAUAGGUUGGUUUGUUAUUAUUUUAUUUGACAUUGAGAAAAAAUUUUUUUGAUCAAUUGUUUAUUAAUAAGGACAUUGAAAAUAUGAGUUGUUGGAAAUCUAACCAUGUGUUGAAUAAGAAUGUAUGCCUUAAAUGAUAGAUUGUCUGUCAUAAUGACCAUACCAACCUACCAAACAUUAGAAUAAUACUGCUUUCAUGACAAGUCUGCAGUGGUGUAAAGUACUUAAGGAAAAAUACUUUAAAGUACUACUUAAGUAGUUUUUUGGUUUAUCUGUACUUUACUAUUUAUGUUUUUUACAAGUUUUACUUUUACUUCACUACAUUCUUAAAGAAAAGAACUCCAAACAUUUUCCCUGACACCCAAAAGUACUUGUUACAUUUUGACAGGAAAAUGGUCCAAUUCAUGCACUUAUCAAGAGAACAUCCCUGGUCAUCCUUACUGCCUCUGAUCUGACAGACUCACUAAACACAAAUGCUUUGUUUGUAAAUUAAUGGCAGAGUGUUGUAGUGUGCCCCUGGCUGUCAGUAAAUAUUUUAAAAAAUCACUAAAAAUGUUGCUGUCUGGUUUGCAAAAUAUAAGGAAUUUUAAAUGAUUAAUACUUUUACUUUUGAUACUUAAUUCCAUUUUAGCAAUUCCAUUUACUUUUAAUACUUAAGUAUAUUUAAAACGAAAUACUUUUAGACUUUUACUUAAGUAGUAUUUUACUGGGUGUCUUUCAGUUUUACUUGAGUCAUUUUCUAUUAAGGUAUUUUUACUUUUGCUACAGUAUGACUUUUGAGUACUUUUUCCACCACUGCAAGUCGGAAACUGGGAACCUCAGAGUUAAAAUGAAGUUAUUUGCAUAGAGUUUCCUAUUGGUUGAUGUUGAUACUUUCCAAGUGGGAAACUUGGGUAUCAUCUUCCUACAACGAGUUCCAAGUUGUACAUUUCUGAGUUUCUUAGUUCUGACAUGUCAUGAAUGCAGCAUGUCUCAUAUUUUCUGUUCACCAAGCUAGCUUUCUACCCCAGUCACUAACCAUACUGUAACCAUGCAUUUUCUUCCUGUACAUAAUACUUUGUUAACCGAAUGAAUUGAACCUGAAUUGCCGUAAUUGUCUUUUAUGUACAUUAAAUAUUUUGCUCCCCA